CGCUUCCGGUCCGGUCCGCCCCCGCGUGGGGCGAGAGCUGCACCAGCAGCUGGCUGGUAGCUACUGUCUGGACAGCGUGGCGUGGUCGCUGUCUCUCUGGGUGUGCAGCUCCGCAGCCCUGCCGGCUAGGUUUGAUUGACUUACGCAGAAUUCUCUGCCCUUGCCUGGGAGAACAGUUCAGGAGACAGAUGGCCCCAAGAGCCCAGAUCCAGGGACUGCUGACAUUUGGGGAUGUGGCCGUGGCCUUUACCCGGAUUGAGUGGAGACACCUGGAUGCUGCUCAGCGGGCCCUGUACAGGGAUGUGAUGCUGGAGAACUAUGGGAAUCUGGUGUCUGUGGGGCUUCUCUCUUCCAAACCAAAACUAAUCACUCAGUUGGAGGAAGGGGCAGAGCCCUGGAUGGAGGUGCGAGAGGCUCCAUCAGGCCCACGUGCAGUCCAGGAUUACUGGUUUGAAACAAAGAUGUCAGCCCUAAAGCAAAGCACUUCUGCAGGAUCUGUUGUGGGAGAGCGAAGGAAAAGUGUCAUGAUGGAAAAAGGCCUGGACUGGGAGGGCAGAAGCUCCACAGAGAAGAACUAUAAGUGCAAGGAAUGUGGGAAAGUCUUCAAAUACAAUUCGUCCUUCAUUAGCCACCAGAGAAAUCAUACCAGUGAGAAACCACAUAAGUGUAAAGAAUGUGGCAUCGCCUUUAUGAACAGUUCAUCCCUUUUAAAUCACCAUAAGGUUCAUGCAGGCAAACAGCCUUAUAGAUGUGUUGAAUGUGGGAAGUUCCUGAAGAAGCACUCAACGUUUAUCCACCAUCAGAGAAUUCAUUCUAGGGAGAAACCCCACAAAUGCAUUGAAUGUGGAAAAACUUUCAGAAAGAACUCAAUCCUUUUAAGUCAUCAGAGAAUUCAUACUGGCCAGAAGCCCUACAAAUGUAAUGACUGUGGGAAAGCCUUCGCUCAGAAUGCAGCCCUUACUCGUCAUGAAAGAAUACACAGUGGAGAGAAACCUUUUAAAUGUAACGAGUGUGGGAGAGCUUUCAGGGAUAACUCAACUGUGUUGGAACAUCAGAAAAUCCAUACUGGUGAGAAGCCAUAUCAGUGUAAUGAAUGUGGAAAAGCCUUUAGGAAGAGCUCAACUCUUGUUAGUCACCAAAGAAUGCAUACUGGAGAGAAACCCUAUCACUGCAGUAAAUGUGGAAAAUCUUUCAGGUAUAGCUCAUCCUUUGCUGGUCAUCAGAAAACUCAUAGUGGAAAUAAACCCUAUCAGUGUCGUGACUGUGGGAAGGCCUUUACAAAGAGCUCAACCCUUACUGGACAUCAGAGAAUUCAUACUGGAGAAAAACCCUAUCACUGUAAGAAAUGUGGGAAAGCCUUUCGGCACAGCUCAGGCCUUGUUGAACAUCAGAGACUCCAUACUGGGGAAAAACCUUAUAAAUGUAAUGAAUGUGGGAAAGCUUUUCCCCAAAGUUCAGCCCUUAAACAACAUAAGGAAAUUCAUAACAAAGAAAGAGCCACGAAAUGUAGUUAGUGUGGCAAAUUGUGCAGAGUAGUUUAUUCCUUCUGACCGUCAUAGAGGAGACAUUAAAUAAAUCAUGCAUUUAACAGAAAUACUCUGUGUACUUCUGCGAGAACAUCUCACUUGUGAGGAUAUUCAUUGUGAGGUUUGUACUAGUGAAAUAUUUGAAUAAGCUAAAUGUAUGUCAGUACGGAAGUAGUUAUAGCAUACUGCGUGCUAAUUGAAAAGAAUGAGGUGGAGCUGUAAAUACUGUACAAAGCCAGGCAUGGUGGCAUAUGCCUGUAGUUCCAGUUGCUUGGGAGGCUGAGACAGGAGGAUUGCUUAAGCCCAGGAGUUUGAGUCUGUAAUGCACUAUGAUUGUGUGUGUGAAUAGCCACUGCACUCCAGCCUGGGCAACAUAGCAAGACUCCAUCUCUAAGUAAAAAAAUACGACAGUAAAAAUAUCCCCAUGAUACCUUGUUAAGUUAAAGAAGCAAGUUGCAGGAAACCUAUAUUAUAUGCAUUCAAAAAGACCUGGAAAAAUAAAGACCAAUCUUAACAGCA